AUGGAGAGCUUACCGACAACGGUGUCGGCGAAAACGGACCGGCGAGGUAGGUCUUCCAAGUCUCAGAAUACCUCCAAGCCUUCUAUAAUCAUGGCCUUCUUCUCUUGUCUAGCUUGGCUUUACGUCGCUGGCCGCUUAUGGCAAGAUGCGCAGCACAGAGUAGCACUCAAUACCGUGCUUAAGAAGAAUUAUGAUCAGAGGCCUAAGGUUCUUACGGUGGAUGACAAGCUGAUGGUCCUUGGAUGCAAAGAUCUCGAGAGGAGAAUUGUUGAAACUGAAAUGGAGCUGGCACAGGCAAAGAGUCAAGGCUAUCUCAAGAACCAGAAAAGUGUUUCGUCUUCAGGGAAGAAGAUGCUUGCUGUAAUUGGAGUUUACACUGGCUUCGGGAGUCACUUGAAGCGCAAUAAAUUUAGAGGCUCUUGGAUGCCACGAGAUGAUGCUUUGAAAAAACUUGAGGAAAGAGGAGUUGUCAUACGCUUUGUGAUUGGUCGGAGUGCUAACCGAGGUGAUAGCUUAGAUCGGAAAAUUGACGAAGAAGAUCGUGCAACUAGAGAUUUUUUGAUUCUUGAGAACCACGAGGAAGCCCAAGAAGAGCUACCCAAGAAAGUGAAGUUCUUCUACAGUGCUGCUGUUCAGAAUUGGGAUGCAGAGUUUUAUGUCAAGGUUGAUGACGGCGUUGACCUAGAUCUUGAGGGGUUGAUUGGGCUUCUUGAAAGCCGUCGUGGUCAAGAUGGUGCUUACAUUGGCUGCAUGAAGUCUGGAGAUGUGAUUACUGAAGAGGGAAGUCAGUGGUACGAGCCUGAGUGGUGGAAAUUUGGAGAUGACAAAUCGUACUUCCGUCAUGCAACUGGCUCGCUUGUAAUACUCUCCAAGAAUCUAGCUCAGUAUAUCAAUAUAAACAGUGGAUUGUUGAAGACAUAUGCGUUUGAUGAUACCACCAUCGGAUCUUGGAUGAUUGGUGUCCAGGCAACAUAUAUAGACGACAACCGCCUUUGCUGCAGCAGCACAAAACAAGAGCUGCUCGAUAACCGAUGUAAAUAUGUUCAUUUUCUCAGAGAAAGUGUGUUCCAUGGCAUGAAUACACAGCGGUUUCUCAUCACAUCCAUGGCGCUUUGA